GGGGUGCAGCUGGAAGGAUGCUACUGUCGCCUGUGAUGCGUCGGUCGCCGGCAGGACGUGAAUGGACUUUUGACGGCAGAGAGAGCAGAGGAUCCAGCGCGAAAGGCCUGUCGCCGUGAGCUCCCAAGAUGGCCAGGCUCGCCGACUACUUCUUAGUGGUCGGCUACGACCUCGACAAGCGAGUGGAGGGUGAAGGUCAAGGUCGCAUUCUCCAGCGGUUUCCUGAGAAAGACUGGGAGGACAGCCCAUUCCCACAAGGCAUAGAGCUGUUCUGUCAGCCCAGCGGUUGGCAGUUGGUUCCUGAGCGGCAGCCUGCCUCCUUCUUUGUAGCGGUUUUGACGGACAUCAACUCGGAGCGUCACUACUGUGCCUGCUUCACCUUCUGGGAGUGCCUGGACAACCCGCAGCCAGAGGCCAACGAGUUGGAUGAGGUAGAUGAAGAUUUGGCCGUCGUCCAGGCAGCGAAGGUCUUUGCCCCGAAGAGCCUGGUGCUGGUGUCCCGGCUAGACUACACCGAGGUGUUCAGGAACUGUCUGGGUCUGGUCUACACCAUCUACGUUGAUGGCCUGUCUGCUCCUUUGGAAACGGUGAUCGGGAAUCUCCUCACCUGUGUCAUCCCCAUUGCUGGUGGCUCCCAGAUAGAUGAGUCCCCAGUAUGUAGUUUAGAAAAGGUUCCUCAGGCCCUGGCCUGUGACUGGCUGCUGGGUUGUCUCCAGCCGGGCCAGGAGGAGAGAGAGGAGAGAUUGCGGACGAUAACGUUAGGUGCUGGCGACCGGCAAGUUGUCCAGACUCCAAUCAAUGAUGCGCUCCCUGUCAGCGGCAGCACCGUGGCCCAGCUCUUCAGACAGCUUGGUAUAGUCAACGUGUUGUAUCUGUUAUGCGCUGCCCUGACGGAACAUAAGAUCCUGUUCCUGUCCAACAGCUACCAGAGACUCACGGACGCCUGCCGCGGAUUGUUGGCCAUCAUGUUCCCCCUCAAAUACUGCUUCACCUACGUUCCCAUCCUACCUGGAAAACUAAUAGAGGUCCUAAGCACUCCCACUCCCUUCAUCAUCGGUGUCAAUUCGUUCUUCCGCCCCGAAACACAAGAGCUGUUGGAUGUGAUCGUUGCCGACCUGGACGGUGGUACGGUGACUAUUCCCGAGUGUGUGCACAUCUCCCUGCUGCCUGAGCCGCUCCUUCAACAGACACAGACUGUGCUGGCAAUGAUUUUGGAUCCAGAGCUGGAAAUUGCUGAUCAUGCCUUUCCCCCAGUCUCUUCGCAACCCUCUGCACUUAAGAUCCAGGAUAAGGAGAUCCGUGCAGUGUUCCUGUGGCUGUUCGCUCGGCUCUUCCAGGGCUACCGCUGGUGUCUACACAUCAUUCGCAUUCACCCUGAACCAGUGAUCCGAUUCCAUAAGGCGGCCUUCCUGGGUCAGAGAUCGCUGACGGAGGACGACUUCCUGAUGAAGGUGUUGGACGGCAUGGCGUUUGCAGGUUUCGUGUCAGAGAGGGGGCCUCCUUACAGAGCCAAUGACCUAUUUGAUGAUCUGGUAGCCAAUGAGGUGGAGCGGAUACGACAAGAGGAGACGUGUCCACACAAAGUCAUGAACCACGUCAAGGAGCUCGCCGAGCAGCUCUUCAAAAACGAGAAUCCAUACCCCGCAGUGGCAAUGCGCAAUAUCCAGCGGCCGACAGAAAACAGACAGAAUGAGCCACCGAAUAAGCCUCUCUUUCCUGGGCUGGACGAUGUUGCAGUGCAGCUCUUCAUCGACCACGCUACUGCCAAACUAAAGAAUGCCCCUCCCGUGGUCAAGGUGGAGAUCAAGGCCAUGGUGCCGUCCGGGCCCCCACUGGGAGACACUGUGGAUAGAAACGGAAGCGUGAUGGCCAACAGCGCCCGCAGGCUGGAGGUGGUCAGGAACUGCAUCACGUACAUCUUUGAGAACAAGAUGCUGGAGGCAAAGAAGCUGAUGCCAGCUGUACUUCGGGCAUUGAAGGGUCGGGCAGCCCGGAUUUGUCUGACCCAGGAGCUCAAUCAGCAUGUCCUGCAGAACCGAGCUGUGCUGGAUGACCAGCAGUUUGACUACAUAGUCCGCAUGUUGAACUGCACCUUACAGGACUGUUCACACAUGGACGAACAUGGCAUCGCAGCUGCCCUGCUCCCAUUGGUCACAGCCUUCUGCAGAAAACUCGGCGCAGGCAUCACUCAGUUUGCCUACAGCUGUGUACAGGAGCACAUGGUGUGGACCACCAUGCAGUUCUGGGAGGCCAUGUUCUACAGUGACGUCCAGAGCCACAUCAGGGCUCUGUACCUGGAAUCAGAGGAUGGAGAGCAGCAUAAGUCCCUGGAGCAGCAGGACGGCUCGGGUAAUGGCAGGGAAAUCAGCGCCCUGGACCUGGCGUCGGAGCAGAACAGGCUGUGGCCAACACUUAGCAAGGAGAUGCAGACGGAGCGAGUACAGAAGGAGGAGAGCACCGUGUUCAGCCAGGCCAUCCACUACGCCAACAGGAUGAGCUACCUGCUCCUGCCGCUGGACACCAGCAAGAACCGACUGCUGAGGAACACAGGCUUCGCAGACGUGGAGAGCGUCAGCAACAGCUACGUCACAAACAGUAUUGCGGGCAGCAUGGCGGAGAGCUACGACACAGAGAGCGGCUUCGAAGACGCCGAGAGCUCAGACGUGGCCAACUCUGUGGUGCGCUUCAUCAACCGCUUUGUCGACAAAGUGUGCAAUGAGAGCGGCGUCACCAACGAGCACCUUAAGGCCCUCCACACCAUGAUACCAGAUAUUGUUCAGAUGCACAUUGAGACGUUGGACGCAGUCCACAGGGAGAGUAAGAGACUGCCUCCGAUCCAAAAGCCCAAGCUGCUGAGGCCGAUUCUGUUGCCGGGUGAGGAGCUGGUGAUGGAGGGAAUGCGGGUCCACCUGAUUCCCGACGGCCGCGAGGAGGCCACAGGGAUGAUGGGAGGUCCACCUCUGCUUCCUGCCGAGGGUGCCAUCUUCCUCACCACCUACCGGCUCAUCUUCAAGGGCACGCCUACAGACCCACUGGUGGGUGAACAAGUGAUCACUCGCUCGUUCCCCAUCGCCUCUCUGACCAAGGAGAAGAGGAUCUCAGUCACUAUACCCAUGGACCAGUUUGUCCAGGAGGGGCUGCAGCUACGCUCCUGCACCUUCCAGCUAAUGAAGAUUGCGUUUGAUGAAGAGGUUGCGUCAGACCUGGCGGAGGUUUUCAGGAAGCACAUGCACAAGCUGCGGUAUCCUCAGCACGUCCAGGGCACGUUUGCCUUCACUGUGGGUCAGAGUGGGAAAAUGGUGGUGGAGCACAAGACCAAGGACAAGAACCAGUCGCUCAAGACACUUUCCAAGAACCUGGUGAAAAGUGCCAAAAGGACCAUAGGUCGGCAGUAUGUGACCAGGAAGAAGUAUUCUCCGCCCACCUGGGAGAACAGGAGCAGCUUCCAGUCAGAGCUGGAUGAAGAUGAAAUCUCAGUCUCAGAGGAUUUGGAACCGCAGAGCUCGCUCACCCUCUCCUCGACCAUCCGCUCGUCCGACAGACAGACCAUGAGCAACGUGGUGGAGCGAGCGUGUUGUCGCGACUACCAGCGCCUGGGUCUGGGAACGCUCAGCAACAGCCUGACACGUUCCAAGAACGAGCCCUUCAGGAUUUCGACUGUUAACCGCAUGUACACCGUCUGCAGGAGCUACCCCGGCCUGCUGAUAGUGCCUCAGAGUAUCCCGGACACGACCAUCCAGAGAAUCUGCCGCUGCUAUCGUCAGAACCGCUUCCCAGUGGUUUGCUGGAGGAAUUCAAGAACCAAGGCCGUCCUGCUGCGCUCCGCAGGCCUCCACGCUAAGGGUGUGGCGGGCUUCUUCAAGUCCCCCAACACCCCCAGUACAGCUCCCUCCCAGGUAGAGUCCACCAGUCUGGAGCAGGAGAAAUACCUGCAGGCCAUCAUCAGCUCCAUGCCUUCAUACAGUGAGAACAGCGGCAGGAACACACUCAGCGGAUUCACCUCCACACAUAUGAGCACAUCAGACUCCUCAGAUAAGCUGCGGCCGCCUAAGAUCGGCGCUCUGAUGAAACAGGUGAUGGGAACCAAGGAGGAUGUUCCUGGAACCUUCAGCAGAGGAGCUCUGGGUCAAAGGGCGAAAGUCAUCUCCCUCUCUCAGCCCAAAGUGUCUGGCAAGGCCAGGAACCCUGCUAGAGGUAAAUGGGGCAGUAUCCGAGGCAGCGGGCGUCUAAGUGCCUAUAACCCAGACGUGGGGACGCGUCUGGCUGGGAAAGAGUCUCUGCAGGCCAAUGGAGGCCCAAGCGAAGCGUUGUUCCUCCGCCAGCAGAAGGCCUACCUCUACAUCAUCGGAGACAAGGCCCAGCUCAAGGGAGGGAAGCAGGACUCAUUCCAGCAGUGGGAGGUGGUUCCCAUCGAGGUGUGUGACGUGCGGCAGGUGAAGAACAGCUUUAAGAAGUUGAUGAAGGCCUGCGUGCCGAGCUCCCUGACCUCUGACCCCAACAUGAGCUUCCUGCGGUGCCUUGAGGAGUCCGAGUGGAUGGCUCUGUUACACAGGGUGCUGCAGGUGUCCGUCCUCGUGGUGGAACUCCUGGAUUCGGGCUCAUCGGUCAUGGUCAGCCUGGAGGACGGCUGGGACGUAACCACACAGGUGGUGUCCCUGGUGCAGCUGCUGUCCGAUCCCUACUACAGAACCUUUGACGGCUUCCGGCUGCUGGUGGAGAAGGAGUGGCUCUCGUUCGGCCACAAGUUCAGCCAGCGUGGAGCUCAGACGCUGAGCAGCCAGAGCAGCGGCUUCACUCCCGUGUUCCUGCAGUUCCUGGACUGCGUGCACCAGAUCCACCUCCAGUUCCCCAUGGAGUUUGAGUUCAGUCAGUACUACCUGAAGUUCUUGGCCUACCACUACGUGUCCAACCGCUUCCGCACCUUCCUGCUCGACUCAGACUACGAGCGCAUCGAGCUGGGAGUCCUUUAUGAGGAGAAGGGUGGAGAGAGGAGAAGCCCUCAGGUGUGUAAAUCUGUGUGGGACUACAUCGACAGACUCAACAAGAAAACACCCGUCUUCUUCAACUACAUGUUCUGUCCUGAGGACGACGAGGUUCUGCGGCCGUACACCUUCAUCUCCAACCUGAAGGUGUGGGACUUCUACAUGGAGGAGACCCUGUCGGAGGGGCCGUCCUACGACUGGGAGGCGAGGAUCCGGCAGGAGCGCGUGGCAGAGGAGACGCCGGAGAAGCCCGACACCAGCGGGCCCAAGUCGCAGCGGCACAUCGUGUGGCCGUGUUACGACGGCCUGAGCAAGGUGGUGCCCGACGCCAUCACCAAGCUGCUGCAGGACAUGCAGAGUCUGGAGGCGGAGCUCGGUCAAACGUCAGAUAAGUGGAAGGACACGUGGGAUAAAAUCAAGACCACACAGAGGGCGGAGACCAAACUGGAGAGCAAGCCGUCGUUCUCCAGCUCCCUGCUCAUGUCGUCCAACCUGAGCCACCAGCGGCGUUCUCAGGGCGUCUACCUGCAGGAGAGCGCGGGCUCUUCCAUCAACCUGGCCAUGGACUGCGAGGCCAGCGCCACCUCCACGCCUGUCGCCGGUCGGCCGAGCACCAGCACCCUCUACAGCCAGUUCCAGAGCACGGAGAGCGAGAACAGGAGUUAUGAAGGCAUUUUGUUCAAGAAAGGGGCAUUAUUGAAACCAUGGAAACCACGGUGGUUCGUCCUGGACAAGACUAAACAUCAGCUGAGAUACUACGAGAGCAGGCAGGACAAGGAGUGCAAAGGCGUGAUCGAGCUGGCGGAGGUGGAGUCUGUCAUUCCCGGGACCCCCACCAUGGGGGCGCCGAAAAACAUCGACGAGAAGGCCUUCUUCGAUAUCAAGACGACCAAACGAGUGUAUAACUUCUGUGCCCAGGACAGCCUGAACGCACAGCUGUGGAUGGACAGUGUUCAGAGUUGCUUGUCGGACGCCUAGAGCAGAGGCUGGACUCUUAAACCGAGCGACGCACCCGGGGAACGAAUGAGCAGCGCUGCGGCGCCCGGCGGACGAUCCCAGUGAAACAGGGGAGGGGGGGGGGGAAGGGGCCUUUCACCACUUAAGCUCUGUUCUGUUCGCUGGUGUUGAACUAAUAACCUCGCGUCACAACGUUUCAGUGUUUUUGUUAUAAAAAAAAAAAUAUAAGAAAAAUGAAAAAAAACAAACAUAAAACAACCCAGAAGAACCACUUGCUGUCGUCUCACCGAGCAGCUGCAGCCUCGCACCCCCCCGACCGUCUGACCACUAUGUGCGCUGGAUGUCUCUGUGCACAAAAAACACAUAUUCAAGCACGUUGUUGCAUUUUCCGUGAGGCGGCCCCGCAGCUUGGAGCAGCAUGAUGAUGUUUCCAGACCCUCCACCUUUAAACCACCACCUCUCCCUCCUACUAACCCUGCGCACCCUUUAAAAACACUCCGGGGGGGGGAAUGACGGAGCAGCAGCAGCAGCAGCGGCGGCGGCGGUGGUGGUCGCCCAUCACACGACCGGUGAGACCGCUCAGGAGAAGUGUGGAAGAUUGACUGACGGGUUGACGGACCAAAAAGAACCCAGAGGAACAAACGCUCUUUUCUUCCGGUCCUCAGAGGCCUGUGCUCUCUCUCUCUCUCUCUCGGCCUCGCACUGCCUGAUGUAGCCGAUGUAUUUACAAGUCCUAGAGAAGUGGACUGUGUCGA